AUGGACUAUGAAAAUCAAAUUAUUUUAAAUCCUCAAAUUCAAAUAAAUAAUAAAAAGGAAGAAAAUGGGAUAGAAUAUGAAGAGAUAAGUAAAGUAGGGGGUGAAGAAAAUUGUGAUCCUCCAAUAAAUUGGCCUCCUAAAAAAUUCGGGAAAAUUGUAAAUACAACUGCCCAUGAAGAAUCAAUAAAUGAAAAUAAAAAUUGUUUAGAAAUUGAGGGGAAAAUAAUAAAUAGUGAAUUUGCAAGUACUAAUAUAUGCAAAGAAAAUAAUAUAAUGAAUAAUGAUUCUAAUAAUGGUGAAAAUGAAAAAAAUAAAUACAUAAACAGUUGUAAUAAUAAUAUAAUAAAUGAUCCCUCCUUUGACAUAAGUAUCCAUGUUAUAAAUAAAAGCGUAACUAAUGUUAAGAAAUAUAUAAGUAGUCUUAAAAAAAUAAUUAAUAAUUAUUGUGAAUCAGACUGUGAAAACUUAUCUAAUGAUUUAAAAAGUGAAUGCAGUAGCAUUGUUAAAACGGUGAGUAAUUUCGGAGGAGAAUUUUCCGAUGAAAAAAGUUGCUCUGAAAAUAUAGACAGAGUAAAUAUUGAAACAUUGAUUCAAUCUGUAAUUAAUAAAAAAAUAGAAGAAAAAAAAUUUACAACACUAGAUAUUAUUGAUGAAUGCUUAUCUAUAGGAGAAAUUUAUAAUAAAAACAAUAAAACUAAAAUCAGCGAUAUAAUUAGUAAGAAUAUAAAUACUGCACUAGAUCAACAAAAUUUAUUAUAUUCCAAACAUUCUGGAGAUAUAAAUUCUAAAUCUUGUAAUGUAGAAACCAUUUCAAUUUUAAAUAACAAAACGAAUAUUAAAAAUUCGUUACAUAUAAAUGAAUUAGAUUUUCAAAAAUGUGUUGAAGAUAUUUCAAGGUCAUUAAAUAUUAUGUCUAUUUUGCAUAAAGACAAAAGUAAUAACAAUUCUCUAAAUAAAAAUGGGGAAAAAAAUAUUGAUAUAAUCCCCGAUUCGUGUAACCCUAUAAAUUUUAAUUUAUCAAAAAAUAAAAACAAUUUAAAUAUUGAAAAAAAUACAACAUCAAUUUUGCCUGAAUAUUUAUGUACAGACACAAGCGAAAAAACUGAAAAUAAUAAUGAGCCAACAAAAAAACAUUUAAGUUGUCAGGAGUCGGAAAAAUGUGAAAAUUAUAAAAUUACCGAUUGUCUACAAAAAAUUAAGAGAUUUAUGCAAAUUGGAAAAGGAGAAUUAUCAUAUGAUAAUACAGGAAUGUCUUUAAAAAGAGAAAAAAAAAUAGAAACCUUGUUAAGUACUAAAAAAAGAAUUAGUUAUUUUGUAUUACAUAUAUUAUUAUUUUUUUCUUAUAUCAUUUUUGGGUUUUCACUUAUAUUUAUGAGACGAAUUAUUUAUAAAAUAUUUUUCGAUCAAGACUUAUAA